AUGGGAUCCAUUGUUGUUGAGCCAUACCGGCCCACACCUGCCGAUAUCACGAUUAACAACCACAAACCGGGGGACCCGUCGAAGAUCCUGUUCAAAAACGUUUGCAUUCUGGAUUCAACCGGGCGGGCCCCUUGCCAUGGAAAUGUCUUAAUCGAAGGAGAACGUAUCGCCGCCGUGGGCGAUGUCAGCGACUCAGCCGCCCGCGGCGCAUUGGUGAUCGAGGGCGAAGGCAAGAAAACACUAAUGUCUGGCCUGAUGGACGCCCACACCCAUCUCAGCUUUAAUGACUCGCCUACUCUCGACGGCCUUACAAGUGCGCCACUUGAAGAACAUGUCCUAUCGACUGCUCAGUCGGCCAAAACCUACCUCGACUGCGGCUAUACCAUGUGUUUCGGGGCAGCCUCAGCUCAACCUCGGCUCGAUAUCGCGAUCAAGGGUGCCAUCAAAUCCGGUAUGAUUCCAGGUCCACGUACUCUGGCGAAUGCACCUGAGAUUACAACCACCGGGGGAGCAAUUGUGCCUGGUAUCUCGCGCAAUGCAGACGGGCCACAUGAGAUGCGAAAGCAGGUUCGGGAGUUCAUUAUGCUCGGGGCGGAUAAUAUUAAAUUGAGCAUGAGUGGGGAUGACAUCCACCUAACAAUGCCUAGCACGGAAACAUAUUUCACUCUGGAAGAGACGGUAGCCGCAGUAGAUGAGGCGCAUAACCGGGGGAAACGUGUCUGUGCACACGCCAGAAGUGCCCAAUCCGUCAAAUUUGCCCUCCAAGCUGGGGUGGACGUUAUUUAUCACGCUAGCUUCAUCGAUCAAGAGGGAAUGGACAUGCUAGAGCAAAAGAAGGAUCAUGUUUGGGUCGCUCCAGCUCUGAACUUCUUCUAUACAACAUGCACCGGCGAAGCAACUCCAUGGGGCUUGACCGCCGAGGAUGCAGCGAAAAAAGGCCUUACGUACGAGGUGGACACAGCCUGCAAGGCGAUGCAAGAGAUGCGCAAAAGGGGAAUUCGUGUCAUGCCCGGUGGUGACUAUGGUUUUGCCUGGGCGCCCCACGGGACGUAUGCCAGAGAUCUGAAGCAUCUUGUGGACUUGUUUGGCUACACCCCGAUGGAGAGUAUUAUUGCUGCAACUGCUUGGGGAGGAGAGAUGAUGGGAUACCCAGACGAUUUGGGCAAGGUAGCACCGGGAUACUAUGCGGAUAUGAUUCUGGUGGAUGGAGACCCUCUGUCUGAUCUGGAGAUUUUGCAAAAACAGGAGAGAUUGCAUGCAAUUAUUAUCAAUGGUCAUAUCCAUAAGCAUGUUGUACCCUCGCAAGCUGUUUAUGCUUAG